AUGCUUGCAAAAGCGCGGCCGCGCGCCGCCAUCGUCACAGGUGGCACGCGCGGGGUCGGGAGGGGCAUUUGUGAGGCGCUCGCAGCAAGCGGCUUCGAUCUGCUCAUGACGUACAACACGGACGCGACUUUGGCGGAGAAGGCUGCUGCGGAGCUUCGCUCGGAGUACGGAUGCUCGGCGGAGCACAUCGGCGGAGAUAUUUCGCUCGAGUCCACGCGCGACGCCAUCUUUGCCCACUACGACAAGACGUUCGCAGGGUCUCACGCGCUCGGUGCCGUCGUGCACAACGCUGGCCAGUACGUCGGUGUCACAGCUUCCAAAUGCGAGUAUCGCGGUCCGAUUCCGUUGGGAUCCUUUACCUGUGCGUCCCCCGGGACGCUCUUUCCGAAUCGUGUCGGUCCUUCGAACACGCCGUACGCCACCCUAGGAGCGCCGCCCCUGACCAACAAGCUCGCCAACAAGCCGUGA